GUGUGUGCGUUAAAAACUAAUAGGCCAGAAUAGUAUUGCUUUCAACUGCUUAUAUUCGCACGACAUGCACGCAAAUGAGCGUGCACAAAUUUUCAUAAACGCAAAUAUUUGCGGAGAUGUAAGAAUGUUUAAUGAUUAAAGGCGAAUCUAAAAAUGAACACAAACGCUUUCCAGCUCCAAGUGUGCGCUUGCCUAGUGAACAGAUGAUCGCUCCACGGGAGACACGGCUCGCUCGCGGCCAGAUGCACGCACUGCGAAGCGUUUUGCUCCGGAGUGGAUAGAGGCACCGAGUGCUGCGGCGCACUGCACCGCUCAUUAUAAGAGAAGAGGGGCGUCGUGGACGAGUAGAGCCGAGGUUUACAUGAAAAGAGGAUGUUCUUCAUCUGUGGUACUUCAACAGCAACAUCAUCUCCUCGUCUAAAUGUCUCAAUGAACUAUUCAACAUGUCUUUCCCGCGUACCUUUGUGAUCCAUCCCGAGACGGAACCGGUUUCACCUGAUCCUCCGCUAUGAUUGCGGCCAGCGCGUUGACUCAACAAAGGGGAUCCCGGUACAGAAUCGCUACGGACGGUCGGUCACCAUCGAAAGCGAGGGCUGGGAUGGAGAAGUGUUGUCGCAGCUGUAUGCCCUGUCUGAAGACGCUGUGGGACUGCAUAUGGCCCGAGUUUUACUAUCCGAGCAUGCCUCGACCGGCCGAGAUCCGCACGGUUUCGGGUGAUAUCCGUGUCCCGGCUCCGAAGAAGAAACCUGCGCAGCUGUACGCGGCGCUCUUCGACUUCGAAGCCCGCAGUGAGGAAGAGCUGACGGUGAAAGAAGGGGACAAACUGUCUGUCAUAGAAAAGAGGGGAGAUUAUGUACUUGCCAAGAAGCUGACGGGGUCUCUGGAGUCCGGACUGGUCCCUGCUAAUUAUGUGGCCCUAGUACAGGAUGAAUUCGCUAACUACAGAUGGUACUAUGGGAACAUAAACAGACAAAAGGCUGAGAAGCUGCUUCUGAGUUCACAGAACAAAACCGGCUCCUUCCUGGUGAGGAUCAGUGAGAGCCACAGCGAUGAAUAUACUAUCUCCGCCAGAAGUGAAAAUAGUGUCUUCCAUUUCCGUAUUCAUCGCUCAGCGAUUGGUGCUUACUUUGUAUCUGACAAGAUCUCCUUUGGUACUCUGGAUGAGCUCAUCAGAUACUACCAGCAGAACUCCAGAAGUCUGGGAUGCCCCUUAGACCAGCCAUGUGAACAGCAAAGGGAGCUAUUUGACAUGGAGCCAUGGGAGCGGCCGAGGGAGGAGUUUCAGCUGCUCAAGAAGCUGGGGGAGGGCCAUUUUGGGGAAGUCUGGGAAGCUGUCUGGAUCACAAAGAAACAGAAAGUGGCCAUCAAGAUGCUCAAACAAGAGGACACUAAAUUGGAUGAGUUUGUGAAGGAGGUCCAUGCACUGAAAAACCUGCACCAUCCUAAACUGAUUGAGCUGUUGGCCCUGUGCACACGAGGGGAGCCGGUCUACAUUGUCACUGAGCUCAUGAGUAAAGGAAGUCUCAAACUGUAUCUUGCUUCACCCGAGGGUCAGGUGUUGACCUCUGCUCAUCUGAUCUACAUGGCUGGUCAGAUAGCAGAAGGAAUGGCGUAUCUGGAAGAUCGACACAUUGUCCACAGAGACCUUGCAGCUCGAAACAUCCUGGUUGGGGAAGACCUGGUGUGUAAAGUGGCUGAUUUCGGUUUGGCUCGCAUCAUUAAGGAUAGCGUGUAUACCGCUAGUAGAAACACUAAGAUUCCUGUGCGGUGGACGGCUCCAGAAGCUGCUCUCUACCAGCGGUUCUCAGUCAAAUCUGACGUCUGGUCCUUUGGAGUGCUGCUGUAUGAGAUAAUGUCACGUGGAAAGAUGCCAUAUGAUGGGAAGAAUAAUAAGGAGGUGUUGGAGAUCCUGUCAUCGGGGUACAGGUUACCGUGUCCAAAUCGCUGCCCUCCAAACAUCUACCGCAUUAUGUUGGAAUGCUGGCAGGCGGAGGCUUCAAAACGGCCCUCGUUCCAUGCCCUUCACAGUCAGCUGGAAAAUAUCUACUCCAGAAUCUACUUCAAAACCAUUGAGGUGUAGAAGAGGUGGACUGAAACAGAAGAUUCUGUGUGGACAGAAAGGAGAAUGAAGAAAAGACUUGCAUGGACAAAGUGCACAUACAAUGGACUCUUUUUGACUGCUUAUGCUAAUUAAGUUAUGUGCAAUAAUAAAUGCUUGUUUACGGAUUUUAAAGAGGAUAAAAGAUUAAUUGAGUUUGGAGGAGAGAAACAUGCAUCUUCUUACAAUGACCAGGCCAGAUUAUCUGUAGCACGUCAGCGAAUCUUUAUCAUGAGUGGAUCAAGAUGCCAAGCACUGUUAUUUACUGUCAUAAUAUCCGUAUUUUAGACUGCAGUUGAGUUGAUCUGGCUAAUUCAGAUUCUGUAGUAAUAGGAACAGGAGAUUAUUUGAUCUGAUGUUUUCAGGUCAGAGUUUAUGUUUACAAAAGACUGACCUGCCAGUACGGACAGGUGUCUUGACGGUGAAAUCUACGGCGAUUUUUAAGUUGGAUCUGUUGAGUGUCUUUAGCCUGUGUGAAGGCAGGCUGCACAAAUAACUGUACUAGGUACACGAUAUUGAAAUUAACACAGGAGCCAUAUGACAAAACUACCUGGGUAGGUGUCCUCAUGAUCGGUUUCGUAGAAAUCACAUCCAUGUCAGAAGUCAAUUGUCUUCCAAUGAAUUAUACAAGAUGAAUUCUUAAGAUAACUCUUGUAAAUAAAAUAUUUUUUCAGUAUA